UGCGCAGAGGAGGCAACAUUUUGACGCUUGCGAACGUCUCCUCGUCUCCGCCACACUCCCACAAUCCACCGCGGCCCUCCACAUUUGGAUCCACCAGUGCUGCUCUGAGUGUCAAACCCAAGAUGGCACUUCACCGGUUAUUCCAGCUGUCCUCCGUGCUGCGCUCCGCCGUGAGCCUGACCCUGCGCAGGAACAUCGGCAUCUCCGCCGUCCUCUUCAACCGGGCCAAGGAGCUCGACCCCAUCCAGAAACUGUUCCUGGACAAGAUCCGGGACUACAACACCAAGAGCAAGAGCUCUGGUGGGAUUGUGGAUGCAGGUCCCUCUUACCAGAAGAACGUGUCUGAGGAAGAAACCAAACUGCAGAGGCUAUAUGGCGGCGGAGACAUGAACAAGUUCCCCGACUUCAAGUUCACAGAGCCGAAGCUCGAGGACGGACCCAAGUGAACGAUGUCCAUGUUGUAAAUCUCCUCCCUGUCACAGAUAUGUUGUAUUUAAUAAAAAGAUAGUGGAUCGAA